CAAAUUUUUUCAACAAUUAACUGAAACCUUCUAAUUGUUACAAUACUAUGGAAUUGGCUAAUAACAAACGCACUAUGUGCGUAGAAAUUAAUUUGAACAGGAUGGGAGAUCCUGAAAAUUUUAAAACUGGAAUCUUUUGUCAGCCUGGCACAUUGUUGUCUAUAGUGCUGAAAGCUUCUUAUGCUAUUUGUCUCUAUAAUCCUACUUUGUGGACAAACUAUCCUGAGAGAGAAGAUGCUCCAUUCGAAGCAGACAAGUUUAGACCAAUUCCUAGUGCACCCUAUACUGGAAAGGACUGUUGGAGAGCCGAAUUACUGGUUAGACGUUAUGGAUCAUAUAAGUAUUACUUACAUAUAAGUGAGGAACACGAUGAACAUCACUGCGAUAUGGGCUAUUUUGUAGUGAUUCCACAGCUUAGACUCAAUGAUAAACCUUUGAACUUAGGGUCUAUUUGUUUUUUGACCAUGCUUUCUCAUUGUUUAGGAAAAAUAGAUGCAUGGGAGCAGCACUUUAGACAUGCUGCAAAAUGCAAAUACAAUGCCAUUCAUUUCACUCCUCUUAGCCAGAGCGGCCAGAGUGGUUCUCCAUAUUCAAUCAAGGAUCAACUUCAAUUUUCAGACAUUUUUUUCUCUAAGCCUUAUCCAGCAGCUGAAAAAGAGCGUUUAAUCUCUAAAACAGUCCAGACUAUGUCAAAAAAAUACAACCUUUUUCCAUUAACUGAUAUUGUGUGGAAUCACACUGCAUUCGACUCAGAUUGGCUCUUAGAGCACCCAGAAGCGACUUAUAACACGGACAAUUGUAGCUAUUUAAAGCCUGCUUUAGAUCUCGACAGGGCCCUUGUUUCGUUUUCUGAUCGAAUCGGGAGAGGAGAGUAUGCGAACAGAGGCUUGUCUGAUAUACGAAACGGUCAAGAUGUAGACACUGCUAUUUAUAUUUUGAGGUCAGAAAUUAUUCCUUCAUUGAAACUUUGGGAAUAUUUUGUUAUCAAUGUCGAAAAAUCCGUUAAGGAGUUUGAAACGGCACUCAAGUCAUCAACCAGCUUAUUGGAGCCCAGUUGCAUUUAUUACGGUAAAGAAGUUGAAGUUUUAAAAAGCCAGGGUACUCGUCGAUUGCCGGGAGGAGGGCGUUGGUGUUAUACUGUAGACAUUGCAUGGGCACUUAAACUUUUUGCCCCUUCCAAAUCAUCUAUGUCCGACAAGAAUAUUAUUACUCAAAAGAUGCAAGAUUACCAAAAUGUGUUGGAUAAAAUCAAUAUGCCUAUUUACGAAAAAUUAAACAAGAACAUUGAGAUUGCUAUUGAACACAUUCGAAACCGAAUAUUUUAUUUAAGAUUGAGCACCAACAAGCCAUUUCGAACGGAAAUUUCGGAAAAGUGUCCCUUGAUUGAAACCUAUUUUACUCCACUAAAGUUGAAGUCUGGAAGUACUAUUUGGGCUGCUCACAAUGGAUGGAUUUGGGGUGGCCAACUAAGUCCAUCAGAUAUGGAACAUCCGCUUAAUAAUCCUUAUUUCACUCGAACCAUCAUUGUUUGGGAAGACCUGGUGAAGCUGAGAUAUGGAAAAAAGCCCGAAGAUUCGCCUUGGUUAUGGAAGUAUAUUGAAAAAUACACAAUAAUGCACGCUAAAAUUUUUUCAGGAUUUAGGAUUGAUAACGCCCAUAACACUCCCUUGCAUGUGGCUGAGCAUUUCCUUAAUGUUGCUCGUUCUGUUAGGCCAGACCUCUAUGUCACGGCCGAGCUUUUUACGGGAAAUGAAAAAAUAGAUCAAUUAUAUGUGUCUAGACUAGGUCUCAAUUCGCUCAUACGAGAGUCAAUGCAAUCAUCUACGUCUUUUGACUUGGGAAGGCAACUUCAUCGAUACGGUGGUGAAACCGUCGGAAGUUUUGAUCUGUACUAUUUUACAUCUUAUUACACCAGCUCAUUUGAAUUGGAUGUUGGCUUUGUUGAAGCAUCUCCAAAAGUUCCACCUGCUUUGUUUUAUGAUUUUACGCACGAUAAUGAAACAAUUCAUAUGAAGCGUACACCGAUGGAUGCAUUGUCUAAUUCUGCGCUGACGUGGAUGACAUCUGGGCCUGUUGGUACAACAUCAGGGUAUGAUUUUUUGGUUCCUAAGCCUAUACCAAUUAAUGAGACCAAGCUCUAUCCAUCUUUUCCGGAGGAUUGUUGGUUCGGAAUUAUGUAUGCUCGAAAAAUAAUUAAUGAGCUUCACCAGCGUCUAGCGAAUGAAGGUUUUACUGAAAUUUACAUCCAUCAAACAGGAGAGCUUAUGCAAAUUUUGAGGCAUAAUCCGAAUACACAUCAGAGCGUUUAUUGCUUUGCUCACUGUGCCUUCUAUCCUUCAAGCAAUUCGCAGCCUCCAGAUUCUACGAUCGAUGGAGUCUUAGAAAAAUAUAUCAUGUGCGCGACCCUUUGCUUUGAUUCAGAAGGAGAAGAUUGCCCGCACAAAUUCGUAAAAGACUCAGCCAAAAAAGCAGGAUCGGGUUCGAAGAUGCCUCAAUCUUGGAAGUAUUCAGAGGUUAAGACUAAGUUUAAGAUACCGGAUGACUGUAUAUCUGGUCAGGAAGUGAAUUUACUAGUUUAUGAUGAAGAAGUGUUUGACAACAUUUUUAAAUUGUCUACUUUUGAAAACGCGCUAGGUGAACACCAGAAUUUGAUUUCUUGGAAAAAUUUUGGGGUGGGCAGUGUUCUUAUUGUAGAGACACGGUUGUCAGACGCUGCUCGAUAUGCACACAGGCGGUUGAAGGAGCUUGAAACAUUAGAAUCUACUGUAGAAUUAGAGAAGAUCAUAGGUUCGAUCCCUCUCUUGGAUGCUACCUAUUUGCUGUAUAACUGCGAUCAAGAAGAAAGGAGCUAUUCAGGUAACGCUCGUGGCGUUUACAAUGUUCCGGGAUUUGGAAAUCUCGUUUAUGCAGGGAUACAAGGGUUCCAAUCGAUUUUGAAGAGCAUUCGUAAGAGCAACGAUUUGGGUCACCCGCUCUGCCAAAAUUUGAGAGAGGGUAACUGGGCUAUGCACUACAUUGUUGAUAGACUUUUCCGCGGACCCAGAUCAUUGGUGUCUAUUGCGCAAUGGUUUGAGAAGCAUUUUCGCUUUGUACAGGCAUUGCCUCGUUUUCUCAUUCCCAAGUAUUUUGACCGUGUUAUCACGAAAGUUUGCUUGAUGUCAAAGCACCACUUUACGAAUGUCUUUGCGAAGAAUGCUCAUGAAAUGUGUGGAAAGUUUAUAGAAAACGGUGACGUCGCGGUUUCUAAUCUCUGUCUUUGCAGUAUACAGCUUGUCAAUCAAGUUCCGGACGUAUAUCUUAUAUCUCCGCAUAUAUUGGAUUCGCCCCAGUUCAAGUUAACAAUGGCAGCAGGUCUUCCGCACUUCUCGGUGGGAUACAUGAGAUGUUGGGGAAGGGACAUAUUUAUAUCUUUGAGGGGGUUAUUGCUAUUUACAGGGAGAUAUGAUGAGGCUCGACAAAUUUUGAUUGCAUUUGCGGCCAAUUUGAGGCACGGUCUCAUACCAAACUUGAUAGAUGGAAGUAACAAUCCAAGAUACAAUAGUCGUGACGCCACAUGGUGGUUCAUGGAGGCGUUGCAGGCGUAUUGCUUGAUCUCGCCAGAGGGACAUAGUUUUUUGAACAAAAAGGAAGUGCCGCGUCUUUACCCGUCAGACGAUUCUGUAGUGUCAUUUGACCGUUCAGUUGAGUAUGUGACGAUGGCGAGUAUUGUUCAAGAGAUUAUGGAGCGACACGCUAAAGGAAUACAUUUCAGGGAGCGGAAUGCCGGACAGGCGAUCGACGCGGUCAUGCAGGAUCGUGGGUUUAAUAUUGACAUUUCACUCGAUCCCAAAACUGGGUUCAUUUUUGGUGGAAACGAAUUCAAUUGUGGGACGUGGAUGGACAAGAUGGGAUCCAAUCACCAAGCACACAAUUUUGGUAUCCCAGCAACCCCUAGAGACGGAGCGGCAGUUGAAAUUAUUGCAUUGCUUAAGUCAGCUGUAGGUUGGCUGUCCUCGAUAUGUGCAUCGGGCAUUAAACGUCAGAAGCAACAAAAGAGUUCGUCUAAAGGGAAUUCAAGUGCAAAAUCUCAUGAGUCUAAAGAAGAUAAAAAAGAGGUGAAGGAGCAAUCGAAGCUGGCUAAAGAUGACUGUUUGUCGGACAUUUCGUAUGAUCAAAAUAUGACCGAUACGAGUAAUUCGAUCACUUCGAAGCUACCGCCAUUUUUUGAGCGGAAAAAAUCUGAUAUAACCUGUUCGUUGCCUGAUUUCUGCUCCAAGAAGGUAAAAGUAGAGGUGAGCUAUUCAAAGGAUCGCUUCAAGAUAAAUAUCGAAAGAGAUGCCGAUGCAUUUCCAUGGGAAGGUGUGACCUUUGAGCAGGAAGAUGGGAGUACCAAACACCUUAGCUAUGCCGAAUGGAAUGAGCUCAUACAAAAAAAUUUCGAACAUCACUUUUACAUUCCAGCGAACAGCAGUCAGGAUUCUCAAUAUGAAAUCAAUUCUCGGUAUGUUAAUCGAAGAGGCAUUUAUAAAGAUUCCUACAAGAGUUACCAUAGAUGGACAGAUUAUCAGUUACGACCGAACUUUUGCGUGGCUAUGGUCAUUGCACCGGAGCUGUUCAGUCCUCAAGAAGCGUACAGUGCUCUUUGUGUGGUAGAAAGACACCUGUUAGGUCCAUUAGGCAUGAAAACAUUGGAUCCAGGAGAUCGUCAAUAUCACCCUAACUAUGAUCCUGCAUCAAGAAACACCUGUGACUAUUUUACCGAGUCAGGUUUUAACUAUCAUCUGGGUCCAGAAUGGGUUUGGCCUUUUGGAUAUUACAUGAGGGCAAGGCUGCAAUUUCGGUUGAAAUCAGAUGUAAGUAUUUUGAAUCGUGUUCAACGACUCUUGUCUCCUCACAGAGACAUGCUUUUGUCGAGUUGGGAGGGAUUACCAGAGCUCACGAAUCAAAAUGGGAAUCGAUGUUGGAGUUCCUGCGAUACACAAGCCUGGAGUGCAGCCUCUAUAUUAGAGGCGUUAUUCGAUAUUUAUACGUUUGACACAACCAACUCGAAGGCCUAAUGAUCUGGGGUUGAUGGAGAUCAGAAAAAUACAAGAUGAUUACUUUAUUCUUCAA